ACCAGGAGGGCAGUCAAGCAAAGAUGGGUGGCAUGACACGUCUUCUUCUCCUUUUGCUGUGGGUCGGUGUCACAGUGAGCACAGCUGUGGAUCUGCAGAAGAGAAUCUAUGGGGGUCAUGUAUGCAAAGAUGAUGAGCGUCAGUACCAUGUCAUGGUGAUUGGAAAUAAUGGGACCCAUGACUUCUUGUGUGGUGGCUCUCUGAUCAGUAACCGCUGGAUCCUGACUGCAGCUCACUGCGAGAAGAAGGUUAUGACUCCAUAUUUAGGUGUGCAUCCAGGUCGAAAUCUAGGAACACCCGGCGCAAUAAAAUCGAACAAGAUCUAUAAGAAAUGGAAGCUUAUUAAACGGAGCAAGGAACAUGACAUCAUGCUGCUGGAGCUUGAUAAUCCCUCCGGGAUCAAACCUGUGGAUCUUCCUACUACAAAGGAGUGUAAGGAUCGUAAGAAGAUUCUUUCGUUUCAGAUUGCCGGUUUCAUGAACAGAACUUUAGAUUCUCAAAACAAAAUAGUUGAUCAUGAAUCAGACACUCUUCAGUGUGCAGACAUGGAGGCGGUGGACUGUAAGAAGUAUUUGGACUGCAUAAAGAAAGAACAGGCGGACUUCCACAAGGAGCACAGCUUUCAACACCUGCUCUGCGGCAAAUCUUCUGUAGCGUCUACUACUCCAGGUGACUCUGGUGGAGGAGUGGUGCACAACAAGAAGAUUUAUGGGGUCAUUUCUUUUGGUCGUUUCAGGCCUCGCUGUGUUCAUUAUAAUGCAUACAUGGACGUCUGUGAAUACCUCCCAUGGAUAAAAAAGACUACUGGUAUCCCUUAAAGAGACAAAGUAAAGAAAGAUCUACUAAAUGAUUGAACUUGAAAUGUCUCUUGAGUUGCAUCUCAUUUGCAGUUAAUAAAUGAAAACUUGAUUCAAUCAGAAUAAA